UCUUGGACCACUGGGCUUGCUACCCUUUCUGACGUAUCCUACGUCGUCCUUUCGUUUGUCACCCCUGUCCCUCGUUCAUAUAUAUACCUAUACUAUAGCUAUAGCAAUGGCUCCUUCGUUUCUUAAGAGUGUUGGCGCUGCUGCGGCUGCCUUUGCUGCUCAUGCCGGCGCCACUCAGUCCUAUCAGGUUUCCGAGAUCUAUAAUUCGACGAACUUCUUUGACAAGUUCAACUUCUACACAAGCACCGAUCCCAAUGGCGGUUACGUCCAGUUCCAAAGCCAAUCUGCCGCACAAGACCUCGGCAUAGUUAAAUAUCAGAAUGGUGCAGCAUACGUCGGUGUAGAUACCAGUGGUGGCUAUAGUGCCUCAGGAGUCGGAAGAAAGAGCGUUAGGUUAGAAAGUAAGAACGUGUACAAUCAUGGUUUAGUUAUCGCCGAUUUCACCCAUCUCCCCAAGCCCGUAUGCGGCUCGUGGCCUGCAUUUUGGUUCUUCGGUGCACCGUGGCCCACCAAAGGGGAGGUGGAUCUGUACGAAAAUUGGAAUGACCUUACGUUCAACCGUCAUACUGCCCAUGUCGACGCGCCUUCUGUCGUUGGGAACUGUACGCUUGCAGCGGCGGAUAUGACCGCGACGAUUGACUCUCCGAACUGCUAUGACUUUGCCGCAGGACAAUACGACUACCAAGGUUGCUCCGCCUCGGAAUACUCAAGCAACUUUGGAUCAUCCUCUGGUGGUAUCUACGCGAUGGAGUGGACUUCGGACUACAUCAAAAUCUGGGACUGGUCAAGAACAGGAGCGCCCUCCGACAUUUUGAGCGGAAAGCCAUCGCCUAGUUCGCUAUGGGGCACGCCUUCCUACGCCAUUAAGCAGUGCAACAUCGAUAAAGCAUUCAAGGACAUGAACAUGGUUUUGAAUAUCGAUUUUUGCGGUGUUGCUGGGCAGACCGACAAGUGGGAUUUAAGUUGCCAAGCUGAAACUGGAUAUUCUACCUGCGCUGAAUAUGUCGCCCAGGGGAAUGACGACUUCGCUGAUGUCUAUUUCCAGGUUGAGGAUAUCAAGAUCUAUCAGCUUGAGGAUGUCCAAAAUUCGACUUCAUCUGCAGUAUCUAGCGCUUCUAGCUUGAGUUCCUCCGCUACUACUUCUGGCAGUGUUUCGGUAGCGACAACGUCCUCCGUGGCAUAUAGCAAUACCUCAUCCACUAUCUCGCCAGCUGCCUCGUCAACCGCCUCUGAUGAUGAUGACGAUACCUGCACCGACGACGAGGGAGAGUCCUCAAGUUCAUUUGUGGCAUCUGCAACCGCGAGCGUGUCAGCUACUACGACCGGGUCUUCUGGUAGCUCGCUCGUAACUGGCGGCGCAUCUUCUACAUCGGGACAGAUCACGGCGGCCUACCCUUAUGGCAACUCCUCCUACGCCGUAUCCAGUCUAUCAUCCGAAGCAGCAGAGUAUACCACUUCAACGAUUUAUACAACUAGUGUCCAUACGGUUACAUCAUGCGCUGCUACAGUGACCAACUGCCCUGCCCGCGGCUACGUUACUACUGAAAUCAUCUCCAUUGGAACUACCGUGUGUCCCGUAACAGCUAGCGGCUCAUCCCCCGAGCCGACGACAACAGCUAGCAUCCCCGAAGGUUACACUACAAGCACUGUCGAAGUGACGAAGACUUACACGAUCACCUCGUGCAAACCAACCGUUACCAAAUGUCCUGUAGGCGCUGUCACUACCGAAGUCAGCAUCACUACAACUGUGUGUCCCAUCGGAAGCUCGAGCCCUAGCUCUAGCUCUGGCCAGCCGGCCGGAAGCACGGGUACAGCAGGCCAGCUUGUCGGGAGCACCGGCGUCACAAGCCAGCCCGAGGCCGGGAGCACAGUUACAAGCGGAGUCUCGGCUUCGUAUCCCGUAGCGACAGGCAACGCGGCUACGCCGUCAACAGCUGUGGGCAGUGGCAGCAGCAGUGGCAGCAGCGGAAGUAGCAGUGGUAGCGACAGUAGCAGCAGUGGGAGUGGAAGUGGAAGCGGCAGUGGUAGUGGCAGCGGAAGCGGAAGCGGAAGCAGCAGCGGUACCGACGUUUUUGUAACGGCAACCGUUUACCCUAUCUCGAGCGGCAAGGUGAGUUACAACGCGACGUUAACGGCAUCUGUCGCGAAUUCCGCAAGCGCAGUGGCGACUGGGAACACAGGAGCGUCAACCAGCAGUGUUGUAGAGAUCAGUGCUGGUGUCAAGACGAGCGCUAGCUUUGCGCUCGCCGGUGUGGCAGCAUUCUUCUUCUUCGCUAUGUAGAUUGAUUAGAUGGGGAAUGUAUUUUAGGAUUGGGUUGUAUGAUGGUAAUUGGUAAUCAUAUACUCUAGAAUAUACUACAUGUUAGAAAAGUGAAGCUACUCAUUUUUCAACUUAAGUCUUAAGAUGCAC